AUGGGCAAAAACACGAAGAAGACGAAGAUCAGACCGGAAUUGAAGAACGGAGGGAUUCUACUUGCGGAGCUAAUCGCUUCCUUCAACGGCAAAACCAACCCGAUCCGCUGCUUCUCCUCCGAUCAAAUCCUCAAAGCAACCAACAACUUCUCGGAAACCCUAAUCAUCUCAAGCUGGGGAUACUUCACAUGGUACAAAGGCGUAAUCGAAGACAGACCCGUCUCAAUCAAGAAAUGGUCCAACCAAAGCCUCUCAAGCUUCACCGAAGCCUAUCGCGAUAUCUCCGUUUCCUCACAGAUGAGCGGUCACAAGAACGCUCUCAAGCUUCUCGGUUGCUGCUUAGACUUCGAUCUCCCGUCUCUAGUCUGUGAGUUCACGAAACACGGUCCUCUCAACAGAGACGGUGGGAUAUCAAGCGGAGAGCCUUUACCGUGGAGAGUGAGGUUGAAGAUCGCCAAGGAGAUCGCUAGCUCCGUGGCGUAUCUCCACACGGCGUUUCCGGAGACUAUAAUCCAUCGGAAUAUUAACCCCACGAAUAUCUUCGUGGAUGAGAAUUGGAAUGCGAAGCUAUCUGACUUCUGGUUCUGUGUUGCGAUUCCGGAAGGGGAGUUGUAUGUGGAAGACGAUGUGAAAGGUGUGAUCGGGUUCGUUGAUCCGGAUUAUUACUGGACCAUGAAGGUUACGGAAAAGGUUGAUGUGUAUAGCUUUGGAGUUGUGAUGUUGGUUUUGUUGUCGGGAAGAGCGGCUGUGUUUAAUGGGCCGGGGGAGGCGCCUAUGUCGCUUAAUGAUCAUGUGUCUGAGGUUAUGGAGAAAGGUGGGUUUGAAGAGGUUGUUGAUAGAGAGGUGUGGAGUGUUGUGGAUGUUGAUGAAUUGGUUGUGAGGAAGUUGCAGGUUGAAGCGUUUCUUAGGUUAGCGUUGAGGUGUGUGAGGUAUAAGAAAGAGGAUACGGUGAGUGGUAUGAUUGAAGUUGCUAAAGAGCUCAAGUUGAUUGAGAAACUCUCUUGA